AUGAAGGGUUCAUCAAUGUCUUCAUCAUCAGGCAGGAGUGAGAGUGAUAAGGAAAGAACAAAACUGAGAGAAAGAGAGAGAAGAGCUAUCACCACCAAGAUCUUCCAUGGACUCAGGAAAUAUGGUGGUUACCAACUUUCUCCUCGCUCCGAUAUCAAUCAAGUCCUCCGUGAACUCGCCAAGGAGGCUGGUUGGGUUGUUGAGCGUGAUGGCACCACCUACCGCUAUAAUAAUAAGGUUAAGAGCCGGUGUCCAACUUGUGGGGUGAUACCAAAUACAAGCACCAACACGAUACCCACCAGCAGCAGCACCGUCAUUGCUUCUGGUGGUAGAGGAGGAGAGUGCUCUACCACCACGUCCCCUCGCCGCAAUAUCGAUCCCAUCAUGGCCAUGAUCAACCCCUACACUGACGACGACAACAACAACAACAGCAUUGCUGGGACUACAAUAUCCUUGUUUGGUCAUGGUCAUGGCUCUGCCGGUAGCAGCACCGGUGAUGUUCACAACAGUAUUCCUCUUGCAUUCUACAUGUCCAAUGGAGUAGCUGCAGGUGGGCUCCAACGCCCAUCCACCGCCGUUGAUGGAGGUGGAAUGAAGUUGAAGAUAGCAAGUCAGCAGCAGCUGCAAGGGACGUACAUCCAAGAGGCUGGGGCAUCUAACCAGAACACGCCUGUGGGGUCACCUUUGCAUUUGCAUAGCACCAACUAG